AUGUCAAAGGGCAGCGCAGCGAGGUCACCGAGCGCUCCUGGCCAGCCCCCUCAGACCCCUUCGGUCGGCUGCGUCCCCGGCCGCCGCUCCCGGAGGUCCACGGGCACUGAAGUUUGCUAGGGCAGAGACAGCCCGGAGAUGAGGGUGGAAAAAAGACGGGAGCAGCAGGGCUGGUUCCCGGCACGACUAAAUUUGUGGUUUGGGCUAGUUUUUAGUAUUUUUCAAUGUUGACGUGUCAUCCCGCCCCGGGGGGAGCAGCGGCGGCCGAUGCCUCGGGCUGGUCCCUGACGGGUUUGGGAGGAUUCGCACUGCCGCCAGCGGGUCGAAGCUGCGGGAGGUCCCACGCCACGAUCGAUACGUGUGUGUCCUCGGGCCGCAACCGGCCGCUCUGGGUGGGAUGUGGUCAUGAAUGGCAUUUUCUAGCUGUGGGUCGGUGAUCUGGGACGGCAUCCCUCCUCCAUGGGAGGGAUGCUCUUGAGUUUAUCGGUGCCGAUUAUACGCCCGCCGGAAACUAAUAGCCGUGGCUCGGUUACAGGAAAAACUCCUGAAAAACCCGGAACCCCGCUGAAAACGUGUAAAUUGGGUAAAAGUUUCAUAAUGACCCCGUAGAGGCUGAAGGCUGCGCGGCAGGAAGGUGGAAAGAGCCUGGGUAGCCGCUUGCCAGAACGGAAGAGCCGGCUGGUAGCCAAGAGGCGCUUAAAUUUAACGCGGCUCAGGGGAGCUUUUGUCCCUCUCUUCGCGGGAGUCUUCCCUGCUCCGAACGCAGGCGGGAGAGAGCCUGGUGCGGCGCUGCCUCAACCCGAGAGCCAUGGGGAAGUGGCCCAUGCCACGGGAGAACUGAACGUCCCCGUGUGCCGGUGUCGUGGGAUGAGUGAGAAUCGGGCAAACCUCGGACUCGGCCAAUGUGAUCAUUGGUGCUGCCUCUGGCCAGGUCAAAAGGGGGCGAGCCAGAGGACAAAGGGAACAUUUCCAAGGCGCGUUGAGGCAGAGCAGGAGCUCUUGGUGCCCUUGUGCUACCCUUGGCCGCUGCCGCGCCAUAUUGGGUCGAGAUGAGCAGUGUGCACCGUCGGGGUGGGUCCUGUGUGAGCCUGGUCGGUGUCAGUGCUCGAGGGCUCAGCCGAGACCUCCUGCCGCUGUCCUUCGGGGACCCCAACAGACCCUGGACCCUGGGCGUGAGUUGUCCCUUCUCAGUGUCUUUCUGCCCUUGCCAGGAUGCGCCAACCUCAGGAGAGCUGGAGCAGUUCGCCAAGGACCUCAAGCACAAGCGCAUCAUGCUGGGCUUCACCCAGGCUGACGUGGGGCUGGCGCUGGGCACCCUCUACGGGAAGAUGUUCAGCCAGACAACCAUCUGCCGCUUUGAAGCACUCCAGCUCAGCUUCAAGAACAUGUGCAAGCUAAAGCCACUGCUGCAGCGCUGGCUCAAUGAGGCGGAGAACACGGACAACAUGCAAGAGAUGUGCAAUGCAGAGCAAGUACUAGCCCAAGCCCGGAAGAGAAAACGCAGGACCAGCAUCGAGACCAAUGUGAAAGGAACACUGGAGAGCUUCUUCCGCAAGUGUGUGAAGCCCAGUCCCCAGGAGAUCUCCCAGAUCGCUGAGGACCUCAACCUGGAUAAAGAUGUGGUCCGGGUCUGGUUCUGCAACCGGCGUCAGAAAGGCAAACGGCUGCUGCUGCCCUACGGCAAUGAGGCAGAGGGGAUGAUGUAUGACAUGAACCAGCCCCUGGUGCCCUCCACUCUGCCCAUCCCAGUGACGUCCCAGGGCUAUAGCCUGGCACCCUCCCCUCCUGUCUACAUGCCGACCUUCCACAAAGCUGAGAUGUUCCCACAAGCGCUGCAGCCUGGGCUCUCCAUGAGUAACAGCGGCCACUGAACCAGGGGCUGUGGGCUCACUGCAGGUGGUCUGGUGCUCUGAGGCAGCCCCCCUUGCCUUUGGCUAACACAGGCAUAGCCCUGCUUCUGCUCGCUGGGCUGAUGUGUGUGGCUUUUGGGGUGGGAGGGGCUGAGAGCCUGACCCAGGGAUGGUGCCUGCUCUCUGCAGAUUCUCCCAGCCCUUCCCUGUUAUGUGAGCUUACUGGUCCCAGCAGCAUUGGCCCCUUCCUGACCUCUCCUGGGGCCAGCUCCUCCUGCCCCAUUGCAUCCUCUGAAGCCACAUGUGCCCAGGGCUCUUGAGCCCAUGCCUGGCCCCAGCCCAGCCACUCUCCUGCGAGACGCAGAAAAAAAUAUUUUUUAGAUUUUGGGAAGGGUGGGGGGAGGUGGUGGUUUUAUUUUUUUUUAAAGGUUUUUGGUUGUAGUUUUUAAAAAGAAAAAAAUUUUGUAGUGAUCUAGUUUCCCAGGUGUCUCCUUCCACCCUGUCAUGUAGAGAAGGGCUGGGGUGCCGUGCCUAGGGCCAAUGGCUCUGGUGGCUCUGCCCACCCUCCUGGGUGGCCAGGAUGAGCCAAGGGCUGGGGCAAGGGGAGAAGGUGAGCCCUCCACCACCCCUCACUCUGUGGCACAAGAGAGCUUCACUGCUCUGUGGGGCAGCGGAUAAGGCUUGUUUGGGAUGGGGGGGUCCUCCCCAGUGCUUUGUGCCCAGCAUCACCCCCAGGCCCCCCCUGCUCUCCAGCCACUGUCCCCCAACCCAGCUGCCCAGAGACCACCUUUCCCUGGAGGGCCCAGCCCAGGGGGCCUACACCACCCUAUCCAUGCUGCUUGCACCCCAUGCCUUCCAGCCUGCUGUAGUUACUGAUGAUUUUUAUAUUUUUUGUUCUUAAUCACAUUCCCUCUGGCAGUGAAAUAAACCUCAGAGUUCUUUGAGGCAAGAAUGAGUUAACCCUUUCCUCGCCUUCCUUGCAUCCCUGCUCCUGCAGCCCACAGUUGAGGGUUGGCUCCAUGCAGGGGCCCAGCAGGGCUGGAGCAAGGUACCCUAAGGAAGUGGACAUGUCCCCAUCAUGCCAGCAACAUUCAGUUCUUGGCUGCCUGCAGCUUGGCCUCCCUCCACGACUGGUGGCAGCU